CAUCAACAUACAACAUUUCAAAACGCACUCCCACUCCGGUAAAAGGGUGAGUGAACCGCCUCAUUGUUAUUUAUUGCAUUUGCCUCUAAUAAUACAUUAAUUAGCCGUUUUACGGACACAGCGAGUGCAAUAACAUAGGUCGCGAGAGCCAUGCCGAUGUGAGUAAUUUAAAAGGUGUGGCACGACAAGGGGCGUAGUUUCUCGUCUAGUGACAUUAGUGGCGUGAAAAAUAUUCUUCCUAACUCGUCGCAAGAUGACCGAGUACAAAUUGGUGGUGGUAGGCGCGGGAGGCGUCGGUAAAUCCGCAUUGACUAUACAGCUGAUACAAAAUCAUUUUGUGGACGAAUACGAUCCUACGAUCGAGGAUUCGUAUCGGAAGCAAGUUGUUAUCGAUGGUGAGACGUGUUUGUUAGACAUCCUCGACACGGCGGGGCAGGAAGAGUACUCUGCCAUGAGGGACCAGUACAUGCGGACGGGGGAAGGCUUCCUGCUGGUGUUCGCAGUGAACAGUGCUAAAAGUUUCGAGGACAUUGGCUCCUACCGGGAGCAAAUCAAGCGGGUGAAGGACGCGGAGGAAGUGCCCAUGGUGCUGGUGGGUAACAAGUGCGACCUGCAGGCCUGGGCAGUGGACAUGGCGCAGGCGCGAGAGGUGGCGCGGAGUUAUGGUGUUCCUUUCGUGGAGACGUCAGCUAAGACCCGCAUGGGCGUCGACGACGCGUUCUACACACUUGUUCGAGAAAUCCGCAAGGACAAAGCGAGUCGAGUAAAAAGGAAUAGGAGAGGUCGAACCAUAGGCCCCGGACGAAAGUUUAGGUGCACCUUUCUCUAAUUCGAUAAAUAACUUAGUACUAAUAUUUGUGGAUAUUAUCUGACGGUGAACGUGUACCUAAGUCAAUUUUAUUGUCAACAAACAACCC